UAGGUUUAGUGAGAAUUAUCCACCGAAGGCAAUAAUCAGUGCAGAGCUUGUCGAUAUAGUCAGUGUGUUUCUAAACAACAAACAAUCAGCGUUUACAACCGAUACUGCGUACCGAAAGUACCAUCUCAUACAACCAGAAUGCACAACCAGCAUAGGUUUUCCAUAGAGCUGAUCAGCGACGACUUGAUCAUGGAAAGCUUGACAAUAGCAGAUGAUAGCAGAUUCCUUUCGCCUCAUCUUACUGACCGAAUUGAAACUCUGCCACGUAGUCUCCGUAAGCUAGUGGCAGAUAGACAACGGGACGAUGUUACACCACUCUUCAUCGCCUGUCACCAAGCGAAUCUCCGAAUCAUCAAAUAUUUGCUAACGGUGUGCAAUGCCACUAACGAUCUGACGAUUUACAUCCGGAACCCGCACAGACGGAUGAACCAUAUCACUCCGUUGGGAAAUGCUUGUGCGCGCGGACAUCUUUCGGUCGUGAAAUGUCUCAUAGAACUGGGUUGCGAUGUGGAUGGUCCCUUUGACGAUGGAGUGACACCGCUACAAAUGGCGUGCCUCAUGGAGGAACUGACAGUGGUUCAGUUUUUGAUUGAGAAUGGAGCGGACAUACGGAAGUCUAGCUACGAUGGUACUACCUGUCUGAUGAAGGCGGCCACAUCGGUGCCCAUAAUGAGUUAUCUGCUCGAAAAAGGAGCUGAUGCACUUGCCUGUGAUCUGUACAACAAAACCGCUUUGCACUAUAGCAUUGAGCAACGUAAUUUUGAAGCGACUUGUCUGCUGUUGCGCCACGGAGCCGAUCCGUUCCUUCAAAACAGAAAUGGGGAUGAUGCUUUACAAACAGCAUGCAUCCAUUGUGCAGAUGAAAUUGUCGAUCAUCUUGUGAAACAGUAUCAAUAUUCGACCGCAAGAUUAGCUGAUGCUUACGAACUCAUCGGAUCAUCGUACAUCGAUGUAAAUUUCAACAGGGAUAAGGCGUCGGAAUAUUGGUUGAAAUCCCAUCUUAUUCGGAGUGGUGGGGAUGGCUAUAUUCAGAAGAAACCACAGACUCCACCCCGAUUCGCAUUCGGAGACGCAAUCGAAUUUACUACAAGCGAAGAACUGGAAGAUAUUGCAGCGGAUGAAGUGGCUCUAGAUAUGCAAAGUUUGCUGAUUUGUGAUAGAGUUUUAGGCAUUGACCACGAGGAAACCUUGCGGCGGUUGCUGAGACGGGGUUUUGAGUACGACUACUCCUUACACUUCGAGAAGUGUAUUGAUCUGUGGAUAUUGGCGCUAAAAACUCAAAUCGAUAAGUAUUCCAUUUUACACACCGCAACCAACGAAACGGCACAAGCCAUCGUGAGACUGAUGAUGGAAAUAUUGGAUAGACCGGAUAAUUAUGUAACUGUUGACGAUUUGACAUUAUUCGAAGGUGCGAUAACUGUAUUCAAAAUGUUGGCAUCAAAGCUCGUCGAAACGCGCCAUCUGUUGGAAGUUCAACCGGUCCAUUUGAAGCAGCAGGAAAACUAUGAUCGGACCAUUCAUUGUAUAACGCAUCUUAUGCGUGUUCUACUCUGCACAUCCUUAUGCGAAGAUGACGAUGAAUUGAUUGAGGACGAGGUUCGGAAGUUGAUUGAGCAGGACAUAAGAAGUUCGAUAAACAACGAUACGUUGCUACAUCUAGCCGUCAGAAGCUCGAAUGUGUUAACGAAAGGAUAUAUGAGGGAACGUUGCCCCACGUAUUCAGUGUUCCCUAAUUUGGAAGUGAUGGAGAUGUUGAUAGAAUGUGGAGCGGACGUCAACGCGUACAAUGAUCGAAAAUGUACGCCCCUUCGCGUCGCUUCACAGGAGUCCGAUUAUGACGGUGAGGUCGUUGAAGCUCUGGUCGACCACGGUGCUCAUAUGGACCUCACGAACGUGGAGGGCGACCGUUCGAUCAAGUAUAUGAUAUCUGUUUGUCUAUAAGUUUUAAUUAGGUGGAUAGUGAUAGUGCUAAGAACAAUACUUUGUGACCCAUAACAGAAAUACAG